UGACGCUACCCCAAUACAAAUACUUCAAAACAGUACCCUCUUCUUCUACUUCUUCUUCUUCAACUGUGUGUUCUUGUGACAGAGAAAAAGAGAGAGGAAGAACAGAUGGCAUGGAGGUAUUGUUACAGAGAUUUGCUGCCGUUCAGUGCCAUGGUGUCCAUGGAAUGUGUAAACGUUGGCUUAAACACACUCUUUAAAGCAGCAACGUUACAGGGCAUGAGUUACCAUGUCUUUGUUGUCUAUGCCUACGGUAUUGCCGCUCUUGUUCUUCUUCCUGCUCCAUUCUUCUCUUACAGAUCAAGAUCUCUCCCUCCACUCACCUUCUCCAUACUUUGUAAAAUUGGUCUUCUAGGCCUUAUUGGGAGUUCAUCUCAGAUCAUGGGUUAUACAGGAAUCAACUACAGUUCUCCAACACUUGCUUCAGCUAUCAGCAACCUCACUCCAGCUUUUACCUUCAUCCUUGCCAUCCUUUUCAGGAUGGAGAAACUAGCUUGCAGAAAAACAAGUAGUCAGGCUAAAGUGUUGGGCACUUUUCUAUCAAUAACUGGAGCAUUUUUGGUGACCCUCUAUAGGGGCCCUCCAAUUUUUAUGAUUUCAUCACCAUCUGUUUCUCUUGCACAACCUCAACCUCUGCACUCAUCACACUCCAAUUGGGCCAUUGGUGGCCUUUUUCUCACAGCUGAGUAUAUCCUUUUACCACUGUGGUACAUUGUUCAGACACAAAUAAUGAAGGAAUACCCGGCAGAAUUGACAGUCGUCUUCUUUUAUAAUUUAUGCGUAAGCUUCAUUGCAGCUAUUGUUGGAUUGAUUGCAGAAAGGGAUUCCAAUGCCUGGAGAGUGAGGCCAAAUAUAGCAUUGACCUCCAUCUUGUGCUCGGGACUCUUUGGAUCAUGCAUGAACAAUACUGUUCACACCUGGGCAUUGCGACUGAAGGGGCCGGUCUUUGUAGCAAUGUUCAAGCCCCUAUCUAUCGCUAUUGCAGUCGCUAUGGGUGUCAUGUUUCUCGGAGACAUCCUCUAUCUUGGAAGUCUUAUUGGAGCAACAAUAAUCUCUAUUGGGUUCUAUACUGUAAUGUGGGGAAAAGCAAAAGAAGAAAUCGGUGAAGACUCUGAAGGUGGUAGCCUGGAAUCACCAGAAGCUGCACAGAAAGUCCCUUUACUGCAAAACAAUAAAAACGAUCUAGUCUAGCGUAGAGCAAAUAAA